ACACUAGAGUCGAGUAGAGACUAGAGAAAUUAAACUUCAGUUACUUCUGAGCAGUGGGAACGAGAGAACUGUUAAAACUCUAAACUUGAAAAACUAGAUAUUAGUUGUCUGGAUACAAGUGGUAAACGCACUUAAAAGACUCUAGUUAAAUCAUCACUAAAUCGGAACUAUUAUACUAAAUAAAGAAAUACUAAGAGAAAAGUGAACACUAAAUAGUUUUUAAACUACUUGUUGAGUUGUUUGUAUGUCUGAUAUGAGGAGGUUUAUGUGAGAUAUCGAUAGUAUCGGUUAGAAAACAAGAAUGGAUUGGAUUUGUUCUCUUGUUCUUCUUUUUACAUCAUUCUUGGUUUCUACACAACAAGCAGGGUUAGAUUUGUCGAGUCCUCUGCUACCUGAUCACCUUCCUGAAGGGGACCCUGAGAACUAUGCCCUUCCGGUGUUCUUGGAGCAACCUGUCAGCACCUACACCAGCAAGGAGGUGACCGGAAACCUGAGCUGCCGGGCAGCUCAUGCCACCAACCUAUACUUCGUCUGCAACGAAGAGAAGACGAACCCAACCGAGGAGAAGGACGGGUUGGAUGAGAAAACCAAAAGCCGGUACAAGGAAGUGAGGUUGGAGUUGAAGAGGAGCCAGGUGAUGGACGUAUUGGAUGAGUUCUCCUGCCAGUGCGUAGCAGUCUCCAACCAAGGAGAGGUCGUCUCUAAUCUCGUCACUGUCGAUGUUGCAUAUAUGCGUAAGGAGUUUGAAACGCCGCCCUAUUCCUCACAUAUACAAGUUGGAAGCCAGGCUGAACUAAGAUGUCAUCCUCCUAAGGGACAUCCUACCCCUCGUGUCAUUGCUUGGUUAAAAAAUGGAGUUCCUAUCGACACUGGCAGCGACACAAACUUCAUUAUAAGUUCUACAGGUCAUUUACUUGUUCUACAAGCUCGGCUUGAGGAUUCAGGCAACUAUAGUUGUGUCGCAGCUAAUGUAGCGCGGCAGCGUACAAGUGAUUCAGCGGCAUUAUCAGUUUACAUUCCCGGAAGCUGGGGGGAAUGGUCUGAAUGGAAUGAGUGUGAUGUAGAAUGUGGUCGAGGUGUUCAAGUUCGUCAGAGAACCUGUGAUUCUCCGGCUCCGGUCAACGGAGGUCCAGGAUGCGAGGGACCAGCAAUACAGAAGAAGUCCUGCUCCCGGAUAUGUCCAGCUGUAGAUGGAUCCUGGAGUAUGUGGACAAGUUGGAGUACCUGCUCCACAGACUGUAUCCAUGUGAGACGGCGGAGCUGCUCCGCCCCUGCACCUUCCAACGGCGGAAGAUAUUGUCAAGGGAAGGAUAUUACAAGUAAGAACUGUACCGGAGGUUUGUGUAGACCUGAUCUUGUAGCUCCAAACCUACCUGUAGUUGUAUACACCCAGGAUACUCCUCAACCCAACCCUGGAAUACAAACAUCAGAUCUAACUCUGUAUAUCGGACUCGCUGUUGCCUUCCUCGUUUUCAUCCUGGUCGUCUUUGUUAUCAUUCGUCUUCUACAGAGGAAACGAUCUCCACCCCACGGAUAUACUGCUGCAGGUUACUCCGAUGGGUCUAAGAAGGGACUAGGAUAUACUCCUGACCUAACCAGUGGAGUUCUACAUCGAGGUUCUCCUACAUGCUACGAGUACACCUACAGUGAUAACAACAGUAAUACCAGUGUAAAGAGUGGUUUUAAUCCUCCAUCCUCCCUAAACACGCAUCCGUUCUCUGAGAUACGUCCGCUCUCGGAGCAUUUUUAUGAGCAGCCGAUGCGUGUGUUUCCCACGAACCCAUCUCCGGCAGCAUCUCUGAGUAGAAGUAGUACAGGAAGCGGAGCUAUGAGUCCUGUAUCCGUCCCGUCCUCCCUUUGUCUGCCCCGAUGUGCUGACCUGCAGCAAGUUGCCUGGACGAGGGUUGGCGAGGCCGGAGCAAGGAUUAAUAUUCCACGCUCUGCGGUUUCUCUCACCGUUCCUCAAGGAGCAAUAGAACCUGGGAGAUCUGAAGAAGUUUGGAUUUCUGUCGUCGGAGGAGAUAAACUCCGUCCUCCUCUUGAUCCUUCUCAAGCUCUCAUCACACCCGUCGUCAUUGUUGGACCUCUUCAUCUUACAGCUCACCUCAAGAAGCCUGUAGUUGUCUCCAUUCCUCAUAUUGGAGGUCAGGGACUACGCCAGGUCCAGGUGCUCCAGUGUGACAGGUUGGAGGGAGGACCAGCUCCCUGGAGAUGUGUUGCUGUAUCAGGACAGGAGGAUACAGCCUCGUCAACCUCUGUUUAUGUGGACUCCAGUAUGUGUCAGCUUGUCACAGAACGACUAGCCGCCUUUGCUCUAGUCGCUCAGUCCUCUGAUAUAGCAUCAGGACGCGGGAGUAUGACUACAAGCAGCUCGGGGUUCUCUUCCACAGGAUCUGACCCGGCUCCAUUUAGAAUCCCCGUCCAGGUUAAGCAAGCUAUUGCCCGCCUUUUAGACCCGCCGACAACAAACAACAACGACUGGCGCCAGCUCGCAGAACGGUUGGGCGUUAAUCGGUAUAUUACAUUCUUCGCCACUCAAACUAGUCCGACAGAGGCAAUACUUGACCUUUGGGAGGCUAGGAAUAGAGAGAGUACAGCUGUAGCUGGGUUGGUCAACUCAUUGCGUGGGAUGGGUCGUCAUGACGCAGCUCAGGUUCUAGAUAUGGACACCAGUUGGCCUUGAUUAAAAAUCCGCCAUCUUUUCUCCAGAUCCGCCAUCUUUAAUUCAGAUCCGCCAUCUUUAAUCCAGAUCCGCCAUCUUUAAUCCAGAUGUGCCAUGUCAAACUAGACUUUCUAUCUCCUCACAACAAAACUAUUUUAAAAAGACAUUUUUAAACUUGAAAAGGCUUCUUUUGUUAAUUCUAUCAAAAUUUGAACUCUUGAACCAAAAUUCCAAGUUCAGACCGGCUGUGAAAAUAUUUGUGAUAGAAACCCUAAAAGUGUCCUUCUUCAAACAUUAUUAUGCUUUUACCAUAAUAAUCUCUGACACGUAGUUGUUGAAAAUUAUUGUGAUUUGUCUGGUUUUGAACUCCAUGUUCUAUCCUAGUAUACAAUAGACCAUGAGAUAUUUGAGAUGGGACGGGUAGAUAGUAGAGAGGAUGAUGACGGGGCCGGAACCUGAAAUAUUGCUGCAGAUGCCCCUCCCCAUUGCCCCCCCUCCUCCCUCCUCCUACUUCAACUCUAUUGUUAAAAACUGUUUCCAACGUGUUGAAUGCUAGGAUAUUGAAGGUAGGGGGAUAGGAGGGUUUCCCAUGAGUUCAGGUUUCACCCUCUAUAAUCCCUUAUUAUCAUAAUCGAGGAAGUGAGAAAAAAAAUUGUCCCUCCCGGCCGAAAUGCUUAAAUCUUAAACAUUUUUAAGUUAAAAAUUUGGAUAACAUAGCUAGAGGACGGUUUUUAAUUCCGGGAUAUCCGGAUACCAUUGUAUAUUUCACACAUGAAAAUACUUUCAGAUGACAAUUUAUAAAAUUCAUUCAGUUAAAAUAUUGUUAGAUUUGUAUAUGUAAUUAUAAACUGUUAAGAUAUCAGUAGAAAAUAAAGUAUACUUUAAAAA